CCGGGAGGUCAUCCGGUCUCUGAGCGGCCGGUCACAGCGAAGCGGAGGCGCCAUCUUAAGACACGAGCAGACUCCGCCAGCAGGCAGGACCACCACCAUGUACCCGACCGCUUUGACGCAGCUCGCCCGGGGCAACCCGUUCAGCGCCCCCCUGUUCAAUCUCCAGAAAGUGGAGGAGCCCCGCGAGAGUCUCCAUGGACAGACGACCCGCAGACUGGCAGCGGCCGCCACCGCAGACGAGGAAGUCAGCUGCGAUUUUGGCUCCUCAAAGUACUAUGCCCUGUGUGGGUUUGGGGGUAUCCUGAGCUGCGGUAUAACACACACAGCAGUUGUGCCCCUCGAUCUUGUCAAGUGCCGUCUGCAGGUGGACCCAGAUAAAUACAAGAGCAUUGGCCGAGGCUUCUCAAUCACAGUGAAGGAAGAUGGUGUCAGAGGCUUGGCAAAGGGCUGGGCCCCCACCUUCAUUGGCUACUCCAUGCAGGGCCUGUGCAAGUUUGGCUUUUACGAAAUGUUUAAGAUCUUCUACAGUGAGCAGAUUGGAGAGGAGAACACCUACCUUUGGAGGACAUCAUUGUACCUGGCUGCCUCAGCCAGUGCAGAGUUCUUUGCUGACAUCGCUCUGGCUCCCAUGGAGGCUGUCAAAGUUCGUAUCCAGACCCAACCAGGCUUCGCUAACACCCUAAGAGAGGCCGUUCCCAAGAUGUUCCGAGAGGAGGGGAUCUGGGCUUUCUAUAAGGGUGUGGUGCCUCUGUGGAUGAGACAGAUUCCCUACACCAUGAUGAAGUUUUCUUGCUUUGAGCGCACUGUGGAGUUGCUCUACAAGUAUGCUGUUCCUAAGCCCCGGAGUGAGUGCAGCAAGUCUGAGCAGCUGGUCGUCACAUUCGUGGCUGGAUACAUUGCCGGUGUGUUCUGUGCCAUCGUGUCCCAUCCUGCUGACUCCGUGGUGUCUGUGCUGAACAAAGAGUCUGGCAGCACUGCAAUGGGGGUCCUCAAGAAGCUUGGACCCAAAGGUGUGUGGAAGGGUCUUGUUGCCCGUAUCAUCAUGAUCGGUACUCUGACUGCACUGCAGUGGUUCAUCUACGACUCAGUCAAGGUCUACUUCCGCCUGCCCCGUCCCCCUCCCCCCGAGAUGCCCGAGUCCCUGAAGAAGAAGCUCGGCCUCACAGAGUAAAAACACAGCCCCUCUUCCAUUCCUCCACUGAGCCUCAGCCUCCAGACGACGACUCAUCUGAACCCCAGAGCGCACACGGCAGUUUUCUAUAUUUAUGUCCUCGGCUCGUGCAGCUCUGCUCAGAGCACAGAGCUGCUACUCAUGUAUAUUUUAAACAAGCAGAUCAUGGAGGUCUGUCGCUUACCAACAUGGAAAUAUUCCUCUGUAGAAACCCCUGUCUGGUUUAAUCAGUUUCUGUCAUUAGAAAAUAUGGUUAUUCUAAUAAAAUAAAAUGGCGUCAAAAAUC